AUGGCCAAUAAAAAGUUCUUGUUUCGCUGGAACGAUCACCAGCGCUCGCUGAUCGGAAUGUUCGAGAGUCUGCGGCUGACCGAGACCCUGGUCGACUGCUCGUUCGCCGCCGAAGGCCAGUCCCUGAAGGCCCACAAGGUGGUUCUGUCCGACUGCAGUCCCUACUUUGCCGCCCUGCUCCCGGGCCAGGACGACAAGCACCCGAUCUUCGUGCUGAAGGACGUGAAGUACCAGGAGCUCCGCGACCUAAUGGACUACAUGUACCGCGGCGAGGUCAACGUCUCGCAGGACCAGCUGGACGCGUUUCUCAAGGCGGCAGAAUCGCUGCAGAUCAGGGACGGGAAGGCGCGCUCGCCGGGACUCCUCCGGAUCGGGCGGGGAUUCGUCUAA